UGACUAGACUGCAUGGAAAUGUGUGAAGAUUUUUUUUGUCUGAGCUGAAGUGCCUUUGUGUAGGAAUUUUGUAAGGACCCUUUUGUGUUUGCCUUGCGUUAUUUCUAGUCAUCUUUGACCAGUGAACAUGUCUGCUCCCGAUUCUUGGGAGUCCAUUGCGGACGAUCAGGCAGAGCCUCCCGCUCUCAAUCCGAAUGCUGGGGCAUUUGUCCCGGGCAAGAACAUCCAUGCAUCAUCAUUCGUCCCUCGCAUUCCUGCCAGCACAAAUGUCGAGCCGCCCCAGCAGCAACCAGCUUCCAGUGCUGCAGCUACUACUGAUACACAGCAGUCAACUGAAGAACGACCGGCAGAAGAACAGGCACCAGCCGAGACUAGCCCGCCCGCUGACACCGCUACUGAUGCGGCAGCUGCUACAAGCAAUGGAGCAGCUGCAGAGGCCGCGGAAGCAUGCUCAGCUCCCGCUGUUCAGGCAUCAGCAGCGGCGGCGGCGGAAAGUGUAGCUUCGUCCGAUGUUGCACAGGAGGUAGAGGCAGGCAAGGCGGAAGCGCUCGCCGAAGCUGCCUUCCCCAGCCAUGAGAAUGUUAACAUCGUCUUCAUUGGUCACGUUGAUGCUGGAAAAUCAACCAUUGGUGGACAACUGCUGAAGCUCACCGGUAUGGUCGACAAGCGUACGCUUGAGAAGUAUGAACGAGAGGCGAAAGAAAAGAACAGAGAGAGCUGGUACCUAUCUUGGGCCCUUGACACAAACACAGAGGAGCGAGAGAAGGGAAAGACUGUGGAGGUUGGCCGUGCCAUGUUCAACACGGAGAAGAAACGUUUCACCAUUCUCGAUGCGCCCGGCCAUCGCUCAUUUGUACCCAACAUGAUCAACGGUGCUGCACAGGCUGAUAUCGCUAUCCUGGUCAUCUCUGCUCGCCGUGGAGAGUUCGAGACUGGAUUUGAACGUGGCGGUCAGACACGUGAGCAUGCUAUGUUGGCAAAGACGGCUGGUGUCAAACACCUGAUCAUUCUCGUCAACAAGAUGGACGACUCCACAGUCCAGUGGAAGGGAGAGAGAUAUGAGGAAUGCAAGAGCAAGCUCAUGCCCUAUCUCAAGCAGGUCGGCUUCCGCAAGACCGACUGCUACUUCAUGCCAGUAUCAGGUCUGACCGGUACAGGUCUCAAGGAGAGAGUGGACGCCAAGAGUUGCCCAUGGUACACUGGCCCAGCAUUCUUGGAGUACUUGGAUCAGCUGCCGACUAUCACGCGCAGCUCUUCCGGUCCCAUUCGAAUUCCCAUUGUUGACCGCUACAAGGACAUGGGUACUAUCAUCAUGGGAAAGCUCGAGUCAGGUGGACUUACCAAGGGCCAGUCCAUGGUUCUCAUGCCAAACAGGGCCAAUGUUGAUGCACUGGCGGUUUUCACUGAGGACGAGGAAGUUCAGCAGGCACGCGCCGGUGAGAAUAUCAAGCUGAAGCUGAAGGGAGUCGAAGAGGAGGAUGUGUCCCCAGGAUUUGUUCUCUGCAGCCCUGGCAACCUUUGCCACACCACUCGCGUAUUCGACGCUCAGGUUGUGGUGAUGGAGUACAAGUCCAUCAUCUGCGCCGGUUAUGGUGCUGUACUGCAUGUGCACACAGCUGUGGAGGAUGUCAAGAUCACGAAUCUGAUUGCGACUAUUGACAGGAAGACUGGUCAGAAGAAACCAAGGCCGAGGUUCAUCAAACAAGAUAUGAGUGCAAUUGUGCGUCUGGAGACGUCUGGCGUGAUUUGCUUGGAAACCUUCAAGGAGUUCCCGCAGCUGGGACGCUUCACUCUGAGAGAUGAAGGCAAGACUGUUGCUGUUGGUAAAGUGCUGAAGCUUAUCAGCACGGGAGACGUACCAUCCUCCGGUGCCGCUAACUGAGGAGACAGCAAGACACGGCUGAACAGAAGAAGAAGAAGACGAAAGAAGAGGGCGGCACGCAGCGUGUGGCUUCCGUGAGCUCCCAUCUUCUAGUCUAACUGCUGCCGUGUGCACUCGGUGCCGCGCACAUGUGUGUGUGCUCUGCUCUGCCCUCCUUUGGGUGAUGGUGUUGAUAGCAUUGGCCCUAGCGCCUACACAAGCACCCUGCAGGAGCGGCAGCAGUGAUCGGCAUUGCAACUUAUUGUGACUGUACACAUCUGCCAGUACGGCAAUGCUGUCUCUCUGAGCCACGUUACCAUCAUUAAAAAAAAGUACACAGCUGCUCCCUGCGCCUCUCGUCUUCUGCCUCACUACCGAUUUGUACUCGUGCUGCACCUGCCUGCAACUGUGUGUCUGUGUUGGCGAUGCACAGUGCCGCCGCAGGUCAGGCAGCACACUUCUUUCCUGGUGGUCUCCGCCGCCGUUGUCUGUGUGUCUCUUUGUCUUGUGUGUGUGUGUGUGUGUGUGUGUGUGUGUGUGUGUGUGUGUGUGUGUGUGUGUGUGUGUGUGCUGUGUUCAUAGCUAACUGUCUGCUAUUGCUCACACACUACCAGCUGUCAGCUACACGCUCACGCGUGCGCGCGCACCCACUCGCACAUUCUCAUUUUGCCAAGGUAGCGUUUUUGUGCGCUCUGUGGCGGCAUGCCGUUGUAGCUGCGAGCUGGACAGUAUAUUCUCUUCUUUUUCUUUGAGCCACGGGAGCACGGUGGUGCUGCCGACAAUCAGUCGCGGCUCCUGUUUUACAACGCUCAGCAGUAGAAACGUCCUGUUUCAAUGCGGGGCCGUAUUGUCCUCUCUUUCAUGCCAAUUCGUUCUUUACGUGUUCCUGCCGCUGAUUAUUGAUGUGUUGGGCAUUUUUCUGGAAAUCUAGCCCGCCUUUGUUACGCUUUGUACAUUGCAUUCACGUGGAUAAGUCAACUCUCAGCUGACAGACUCUGCCCGAUCUGUCAGCAGCUUCCUGAACAGUAACCCAAACUGA